AUGAGUUUCGCGGGCAUGCUCAAUAAGCUGCAGGGGCAGCCGGAGAGUUACGAUAAAAAAUCGCACUAUCGCUUUGGAAAGACCCUCGGCGCAGGCACAUAUGGCAUUGUUCGCGAGGCAGAUUCGCCCAAGGGCAAAGUGGCCAUCAAGAUCAUCUUGAAGAAGAGUGUGCGCGGCAACGAGCAGAUGGUGUACGACGAGCUGGAGGUGUUGCAGCGCAUGAAUCAUCCGAAUAUCGUGCACUUUCGGGAUUGGUUUGAGUCGAGGGACAAAUACUAUAUUGUGACGGAGCUCGCGACGGGCGGAGAACUCUUCGAUCGUAUUUGCGAGCGUGGGAAGUUCACGGAAAAGGACGCUACGCAGACUAUCAAGCAGAUCUUAGACGCUGUUCGUUAUCUGCAUGAGCGGAAUAUUGUGCAUCGAGACCUCAAACCCGAAAACCUGCUUUACCUCACCACCGACCCCCACUCCCCUCUCGUGCUCGCAGACUUCGGCAUCGCCAAAACCCUGGAACAUUCCACCGAUGUGCUCACAUCCAUGGCCGGCUCGUUCGGCUACGCGGCGCCGGAAGUGAUGCUGAAACAGGGCCACGGCAAAGCGGCCGACAUGUGGUCGAUGGGGGUGAUCACAUACACGCUGUUAUGCGGCUACUCGCCCUUCCGCGCCGAGAAUCUGACCGAUCUGAUCGAGGAGUGCAAAUUCGGCAAAGUCCAGUUCCACGAGCGCUACUGGCGCGAUGUCUCGCAGGACGCGAAGGAUUUCAUCGGCACGCUGCUGACGCCCGAUCAGAACAAGCGAGCGACUGCGGAAGAGGCCCUGGCGCACCGCUGGCUCAAGGGUGAUACCGCGACGGACCACAACUUGCUACCGGAAAUCAAGGCGUACAUGGCGCGCGCCAGGCUGCGUCGCGGCAUCGAAAUCAUCAAGUUGGCCAACCGUAUCGAGGCGCUGAAGAUGCAGGACGAGGGGCAAGAAGGCGAAGGAGAGGAUUUCCAUAUGCCUGCUGCUGCUGGUGCUGGUGGCACUGCCACAGCGGCCGAAGUAACGUCUGCUUUCCCCGCGUUGUCAGUCACUGAUCCGGCGGGCGACGUGAAUCAGGCGACAGAACCAACGGCAUCGUCACAUCAGCACGAGAAGCAGGGUGGCGUUACCACGAAGAAACGGAGUCUGAGCGGAAUUGCGAGCGGCGCCAUCUUUCGAGAAGUUGUGCUUGCCAAAGUGCGCGAAAUGAAGCAGGAGCAGGAAGUAAAGAGCGUCGAGCGCGAGGCCCUUGCUCGCGCAGAGGCGGAGUCGGCAAAUCGAUAA